AUGUCCAACCAAGUUGCUAUGGCGAGUGCUAGCGCCGGCCACGGUAGCGGUGGCGCCCAUAGCAUCAACAGGAGCUCAAGACCGUGCUCGAACUGUACGUGUUCUCCAGGGUUGUUGUCCAGACAGAACAGAAGAAAGUCGUUGUUCAUGCACCAGCUGUCGAGAAGAAAGAGUUCUACUCCCGGGUCUCCAAGAAGAUCCAUGUCCGCGGAGAGCAUUUACUCUUCAGAUACGCUGUGCACCACGAAGAACGUGAACACCACCAAGAGAUUGGAAAAGUUGAGGUUCAAGAUGAAGGAGAACGACCUGGCGGUUUACAUUGUUCCUAGCGAGGAUGAGCAUAGCUCCGAAUACGUCUCGUCCGCUGACCAGAGAAGAAGCUUUAUCUCUGGGUUCACUGGUUCCGCCGGGAUUGCCAUCAUCACCAGGGAUUUGUUGAAUUUCAACGACAUUCCAGAGGGUAAGUCUGCGUUGAGUACUGAUGGAAGAUACUUCAACCAGGCUGGCCAAGAGCUGGAUUUCAACUGGGUUUUGCUCAAGCAAGGUGCAAAGGGCGAACCAACAUGGCAAGAGUGGGCAGUCCAAGAGGCGAUCGAACAGUCCCUUGGACUGGGAAAGAAACUUGUCAAGAUUGGUAUUGAUCCGAAAGUUAUCAGCUACAAGGAUGUUGUCAGUUUCCAGAACACAAUCAAGACUAAAGUGGAUGAAAACGGAGAAGGAUCUAAAGUGGAACUCGUUGCCAUUAAAAACAACUUGGUUGAUGCUAUCUGGGGCGAGUUUGAAGAAGUUCCAAAGAGGCCUUCAAACAAGUUGAUCCAUUUGACAAAGGAAUACACCGGUGAAGAAUUCAAGAGCAAACACCAACGACUGAUCACGGAACUGAACAAGCACAACUCCAAUUCCAUCUUAUUGUCCGCUUUGGAUGAGGUUGCAUGGCUCCUUAACUUGAGAGGUUCUGAUAUCGAGUAUAACCCUGUCUUCUUCUCUUAUGUGAUUGUUGACGGUGAGACCACCAAGUUAUUCACCGAUAACCCAUACUCCGAUGAUGUUAAGACAUUCUUUGCUGAAAAUAACAUUACCGUGCUUCCAUAUAAUUCCAUUUGGACUGAACUAUCUUCGGUAACCACUGCGUUGAAGCAGAAGUCUGCAUCCAUAUCCAUUCCAGAAACUGCGUCUUGGGAAAUCGUGCGUAAUUUGAACAACUGUAAAUACAGACAGAUAGUUUCACCAGUUAUUCUGUUCAAGUCUGUGAAGAAUAAGACCGAGAUUGAGAAUUUCUCCAAGGCACAGUUGAAGGAUGCCGUUGCAAUAGUGAGGUUUUUCGCAUGGCUUGAAGACAAACUGGUUCGUGGCGAAGGGUUGAUUGAUGAGUAUGCCGCUGGUGAAAAGCUCAUUGAAUUUAGACAAGAACAAGAGCAUUACAUGGGCAACUCAUUCGAAACCAUCUCCGCAACGGGUGCAAAUGCUGCGGUGAUCCAUUAUGCUCCACCAAGUGAGAACUCUGCGAUGAUUGACCCUUCAAAGAUUUAUCUUUGUGACACUGGAUCCCAGUUCAUGGAAGGUACCACUGAUAUUACAAGAACUUUACAUUUUGGUGAACCAACUCAGGAGGAGAUUGAUAACUACACGUUGGUGUUGAAGGGUAACUUGGCCAUCGAGCAGUUGGUAUUCCCAGAAGGUACAAACGGUUAUUACAUCGACAUUCUUGCCAGACAGUUCUUAUGGGCCAAGGGGUUAGACUAUAGACAUGGUACUGGUCACGGUGUUGGUUCUUAUCUCAACGUACAUGAGGGACCUAUCGGCAUUGGAUUGAGAAAUGGGUUGAUCUCAUACCCAUUGGAGAAGGGAAACAUCGUCACCAACGAGCCUGGAUUCUACGAGGAUGGCAAAUACGGUAUCCGUAUUGAAAACGAUAUGCUCGUUGAGAGCACAGACUUGAAGUUUGGUGAGAAGUCAUUCCUCAAGUUUAGAAACUUGACAUUGGUUCCAUACUGCAGAAAGCUAACAAACGUCUCGCUCUUGACCCACGAAGAGAGAAAACUAAUCAACAAUCACCAUAAAACCGUUUGUCAAAUGCUUUCUCCUUUAUUGAAGGAUGACCAAAGAGCCUUCUACUGGUUGAAGAAGGAGACAACGCCUGUUUAACCCACAAAUUUACUACAUCUCUUUGUUAAUGUGUCUAUUAAUGCUUGUCUUUUUUUU